UGGUGCCUCCGAAUGCAGAGGCUUCUUGGGUUCUAUUCGCCAGCUUGCGGGACCUGGACGCCGACCCGCGCGCCAGCUGAGAGCAAAAAGGAUUCGAGCAAAAAGCGUUUAAAGGGGAGAACGAUCCGCGGCGCGUGGGACUACGGCUCUAGGAAAUUUAGGAAGGAAUCCGCAAGCUUUGGAGGCACGCACUCUUCGCAGAGUAAAUGCAAACAUUUUAGUAAGGAUGAAGAACCCAAUGCUGGAGGCACUGUCCCUAUUGCUGGAGAAGCUGCUCCUCAUCUCCAACUUCAAGCUCUUCAGUUCCGGGGCCCAGAGCGAAAACAAGGCGAGGAACAGUUUCUAUGAGAUCAGCCGUUUCCUGCGCGGCGACGUGCUGGAGGUGCCGCGGACCCACCUGACCCACUACGGCAUCUACCUGGGCGACAACCGUGUCGCCCACAUGAUGCCCGACAUCCUCUUGGCCCUGACCGACGACAAGCGGCUCACCCAGAAGGUGGUCUCCAACAAGCGUCUCAUCCUGGGCGUCAUCGGCAGGGUGGCCAGCGUCCGCGUGGACACAGUGGAGGACUUCGCCUACGGAGCCGAUAUCCUGGUCAAUCACCUGGACAAGUCCCUCAAGAGGAAGGCGCUGCUCAACGAAGAGGUGGCGCAGAGAGCGGAGAAGCUGCUGGGCUUGACUUCCUACAGCCUCCUGUGGAACAACUGUGAGCACUUCGUGACCUACUGCAGAUUCGGCACACCGAUCAGCCCCCAGGCUGACAAGUUCUGUGAGAAUGUGAAGAUAAUUAUUCGUGAUCAGAGAAGUGUUCUUGCUUCAGCAAUCUUGGGAUUGGCGUCUAUAGUCUGUCUGGGCUUGGCAUCAUAUACUACCCUUCCUGCAAUUUUUAUUCCGUUCUUCCUAUGGAUGGCUGGCUGACUUCAUAUCCCCGUGUCAGUGUGUGUAUUCUGUGUGUAAAUAUGUUUAUAUUUAUAGAGCACAAAUCAGUAUAAGCAUCUUCAAGAAAAAUGUGACCUGUAACACUGUGUUCUGGAUAAAAAUGUGAUUAAGAAUCACGCAGAGUGCUUACUGUGUAAGCCCAAGAACAAAGGCUUUCUCAAUCUUCUCAGGCAGUUGCAUUUCAAAGCACUGUGCAAAUCUUGGAAACAUGGCAACUUGUAAUAGAAUUCAACAUUACAAGAGAACCAGCCCGUAAGGUGAUGGCCACAGGAGAUUAUUUGCGUGUUUGUUGUUUGUUUUUUUCCUCUUGUAAUCCUUGCUCUUCUCUUGUUAGACCUGAAUUUGAAGACUAUAAGACUCCAUGAUUGAAAUCACUAAUUUUAUUAUAAAUGUAUUCUCUUUCAUUGAAAAACUUAUAUUAAACUAAAAGAAUUUCCCUCAUUCAGUUGAAAACAUGUUUGAUGAUUGGCAAAAAAAAAAAAUUCAUAGUCUUUUUUUUAAUGUAUUAUAUGUAAUUCCCAAUAAGUCAAGAAUAUUUUCAUUACUUGAAACCAUGUUGGCAAAGUUAGAGUUUAAUGAUAAAAUAACGACUGGAACUGUAGAAAUUUGUGUUUUCCUGCAGAAAAAGCUCCUAUAGCAUCAGUUGAACAAUUCGAUUUGACUUUACUCACUAGGAAGCCUGGCAUUCAGUUUUUUCUUUUCCUUUUAUGUGUCACUGGGGUUACUUUAAACCACUCUGAGAAGUAAAUGGAUAUAGGAUUGAAAUAAUUUGGGUAUUUGGAGUGUGUAUGUGUCAAUCAAACAUGCAGAUGUCCACAUAUACAUAGACUGAUGAGAGACCAAUUUUGUUCUUGAUUGCUUUAGUAUCCACCAGUGUGGUUACCAUAGAGCAUCUGCAGAAGUGAGUGUAAAAGUAACUUUAGUCUGUUUUCUCAUGUCUGUGGUAUGAUUUGCAUAUAUGUCAUUGGACGGUUUACCUUUUUAAGCACUUACUAAUGUACUGUAUAAUUUUUAAAAGCCGUCAGAUUUGUCUUCUAACAGGUUUCUUCAUUUCAUUGCAAAGUACAGUUUAUAUCCUUAAAAGAAGGAUACCACAAAGAAAUAACUAUUGGAAGUGGUUUUUGAGUGUCUUAGUAACUCCAGGCAUGUGAAAUUGGUUACACUGAGGCUGUUUUAAUAUCAGAGUUGAGAUGUAGUCCUGUUAAAGCAAGCGUUCGAGUAGUUUUGCAGAAUUACCAAAUUGUAAAAACUAAGCCACAAGCUAGACUUGCAUUUCAAAUAUUAAAAUUUCUUUAUAAACUAUCAAGAAUCACAAAAUAAUGAGUCACAUGGUGAGCGUUAGGGGGAGAGUGGGGUCAGUCACUCAGUGACCCAAUCAGAACAAAUUUAAUAGCAGAUUUUACAUUCUGUUGGAAUUUAACAUUCAGUUGGAGUUUAAUAAUAAUUAAACUUUGUUUAAUUUAAAUGUUUUAAAUAGUUAAAACAUGAAAUGGUAACACUACAGAAUAAAGUUUUUCUGGGCAUAUUCCAACCACUUAAAAUUAUUUUAAGUAUGUAUACACUAUGAGAACUCCAUUGUAUUAGUGGUUUUUCACUUACUGUUAUUACCCUCGGAGCAAGUGUUUAAAUAAAUUGAUCUUUUAAAAACACGA